AUGGAGCAGACAUCAAACGACGAAUCUAAUACUCGUAGAUUCAGAGUUUUGAUGUUCCCAUGGCUAGCUCAUGGCCACAUGUCUCCCUUCUUAGAACUAUCCAAGAGGCUUGCCAAAAACAACUUCCAGAUCUACUUUUGUUCCACUGAGAUCAAUCUGAGUUUCAUCAAGAAAGACAGAAACUUGGACGAGUACUUCUCCGAUCAUUCAAUAGAAUUAGUGCAACUUGAUUUGCCACACUUCCCUGAACUCCCUCCACACUAUCACACAACCAGAAACCUCCCACUCCAUCUGAAUCCAACCCUCCAUGUUGCGUUUUACAUGGGAAGGACCAACUUCCAAAACAUCCUAAACAUUUUGCAGCCAGAUUUGCUAAUCUACGACAUGUUCCAAGCAUGGGCCUCGGAGCUGGCCUCAAUGUUUCAUAUCCCAGCUGUUCUUUUCUUAGGCGGUGGAGCAGUUUUCUGGUCCUGGUAUUACUUUUACGAUAUCAACAAUAAAGGAUACUCCGAUAUCGAUGGGACUUACCCUUUUCCUGCAAUUUUUCUCCGGGAUUAUGAAAUAAAGAAGAUGGCAGCAUUUCUCCAAGAAUUAAAAAAAAACGUUCCCGAAGAAGUUGUGCUAUCUAUGACUAAGGGCUUUGAAGUAUCUUCUGACAUUGUUUUGCUGAAAGCCUGCAGAGAGAUUCAGGGGAAAUAUAUUGAUCACUUAUCUUCCUCUCGUGGGAAGAAGGUUUUAGCUGUCGGUCCUCUUAUUGAACUAAAACAUGAUGGUACCAAGAUGGAGGAGGAGACGGAAAACAGUUCCCAUAUCAUUGAAUUUCUGAAUGGUAGAGAGGAAUCAUCAGUGGUUUAUGUUUGUUUCGGGAGCGAAUACUUUCUGUCCGAGGAAGAAAGGGAAGAGAUGGCAUACGGGCUGGAGCUGAGUAAUGCUAAGAAUGUUUUAAAACUCGGACCGUUAAAUGAACCGGUGAAGUAA